AUGUGGCUUUUCCGUUAUUUGAACAAAUCGAUAGACAGUGGCAUCAAUCGAAUAACAGAAAUCUCAGUCCAUCAUCUCUAUUGGAUCCAAAUUCUUCGUCUCAUUUGUCUCUCACAACCAAAAGAAUUCUCAAUUGCUGAGGUUGAUAAAGCGACAGAAUCCCUCAGGCAGGCUAAUCAAAUCAUAAAGAAGCUUGUGAUCGGCUCGUUUGCACCGAAAUUUCUCUUUGUUUCUCGAUUCAUCACUUCGUUUCUUUCGACACAAAUGAUUUAUGGAAGAUUGUUGGGAGGACUUGGGCAUUUUCUUGUUGGCACCGAAUUGUUGACGAACCAAGAAGCGUGUGAGAAAGCGCUACAAGUGUUCUGUGAGGAUCCGUUUAUUGGACUCGACGUAUUAGGUAACCUCACCAUGUCGUCCAAGAGGAAGAAAAACUAUAGUUCGGACGAAGAAAGAGAUGAAGUCGAUUGGCAGAGGAAAUAUCGAAAGAUGAGUAAGGAGUUUUACAAGAAGAUGAAGCGGCUGAGAGAAUCUCGGGAAGAGUGUAAUAUGAAGUGCGAGGAGCUGCGUGAAAUGUCUUCGAAGAAUGAUGAGCUGGAAUUCCGAUUGAAACGUGGUAACGGAACACUCCUUCGAUCCCAGUCAAUGCUGAAUGUGAGAGGUGUUAUCGAGUUUCUCGAGGGGGAACAGGAAAUGCCGGAUUCCGUGAGACAGAGUGAUCGACACGACCGAUGGGAAUGGAUCUUCGAUAAUGAUAGCAAUACACAAUUUGUCUUUGGGAAGCUGGUCACUGGAAACGGGUAUUUGUUGAAAGCAAAGGCGAUCUCCUCAUUGUCAGAGGCCUCGAUAUCGAUUAAAUUCGUUCUUUUGAUGCUUUCACGACAAGAGGAUAAAGGAAAUGCGGAGAAACGCUCAAAGUUGACCACCAAAAUCCAGAAGAACGUGUUUCAAGAAGAAGCGUACAUUGCCAAGGAUCCGGCAUUAUCGAACGCUCAACGUGAUUCGGAAGCCGUUUCGGCACAACGCUACUGGAUUGCCAUGGGAACUAGGACCGAUAUUGUUUCUGAUAAGGUAAAUUUUAUUUGCAAUACAAAUUCAAUCCAUUUAUUCCUGGCUCGUCUCAUCUCAGAAACGCUGAACGAUAGGAAAUCGACAUUCUCGAUGAAAGAAAAGACGCUCCCCCUGUGCAAUGCCAAAUUGAAACAUGACGAGAACGGAAUCGACGAGAAGCAGCUGGAUUCAUUGAUCGAGAUUCUCAACGGUUGGACUGGACCAAAGAAAGUCAAUAAGGCGGCAGGAUUUGCCAUUUUACUUAAAAACAACAGCACGACGGCCUCGCGUUCGACCGAUGUCGUUGAGUGGACGACCGAAAGGAAACGAUGCUUUAUUGGUCUGUACUCUCAUUUCGGUGCAACGGAUUGUCGACAAAUUUGCAUCUUUUUUGCGCCACACUUCACGGCGAUUCUCCUGCAUUUCUCGCGGCUUUCAGCUCGCUUUGUGGAUCAAAUAACGGAGAAGGACGCAAACGCUUCUCUACUUGCCGCAGCCCAAGCUUUACCAUCACACCAAUCGAUCGCUUUAAAGAAUACUGUCCAA